AUGUCACCAAGAAUUGUUCUCAUCACUGGCGCCAAUGCCGGUAUUGGCUUUGCAACGGCCAAGUUCAUCUCUCAUGCCUGCAAAGACUUCCAUGUCAUCAUCGCCAGUCGUUCACUGGACAAGGCCCAACAAGCCUUGAAUGACAUCAACUCGGACAAUCUCUCCACCAUCCAGCUGGACGUGACAAACCAAUCGUCUAUCCAGCAAGCCGCCGCUCAGGUCGACCAGCAAUUCGGCCGUCUCGACGUCCUCAUCAACAACGCCGGCAUAAUGAGCCGCGACGACGACAUCAAAACCCGCAUGCAGGCCAACAUGGACGUCAACGUCGUCGGCCCCGCUGUCGUCGCAGACGCCUUCCGCCCUCUGCUCCUGCGAUCGCAGAAUCCCUACUCCAUCUACGUGAGCAGUGGCUUGGGUUCACUCACCGACGCCGCCGACCCUACCUCGCCAACGUACAACAGCUUCAGCAACGUCGAGGCCUAUCGCGCCAGUAAAGCAGCACUGAACAUGCUUAUGAUCCAAGAAUAUGCAUUUUUCGGCACUAAAGGUCUCAAGACAUUCGCCUUGGAUCCUGGCUUGGUAAGGACGGAUAUCCGCGGCACCAGUGAGGAGGCGCGUACGGGGGGCGGUGCAGCGCAGGAUCCGGAGGUGCCUGCGCAGGCGAUUUUUGAUAUUAUUCAAGGACAGCGUGAUGCUGAUGUUGGUCUGUUUGUGCAUAAAGAUGGCGUGUGUCCGUGGUAG